CAUUCACUAACUUGCUCUCGUUCUAUAAGUAAACUAGAGAAGUAUUCAAUCAUCUGAAAAACAAUGGCACAGGCGAUGUUGAAGCCUUCUUUACAAGGAGAGAUUGAGGCAGAUGUUGAGAUCAAAGCUCCGGCCACAAAAUUCUAUCACAUGUUCGCAGUAAGACCACAAGAUGUGCCUAAUGCCUCUCCUGAAAACAUACAGGGGGUCAGUGUGCAAGAGGGAGAGAUGGUCAGAGUUGGCACUCGCGUCACCUGGAACUAUGUUCUUGAUGGGAAGCCAAAGGUGGCCAAGGAUAGGAUCGAGGCUGUGGAGCCGAAGAAGAAUAUGAUAACGUACAGAGUGAUAGAAGGAGAUCUGAUGAAAGAGUUCAAGAGCUUCCUAUUCACGAUCCAGGUGACCCCGAAGCAAGGAGGACCUGGAGGUGUGGUGAAAUGGAACAUGUCAUACGAGAGGAUUGACGAAAACGUGGCUCACCCGGAGACUCUUCUCCAAUUGUGUGUCAGAAUGAUUGAAGACAUCGACAAAAUGAUUUUGUCUAAGGAAUAA